UCCUCCCUCCGCCUCCCUCCCUCCCCGGUGCGCGCGAAAUCGGUUCCCGUCGCCUCCCUGCCUGCUGUCUUGUUGGUCCCGAUGCCUGCCCGGGCCACCCCGUUGACCCCGGAGGAGCUACGCCGGCGGCUAAAAGACAUGGAGAGGGAUGAAGAUGGACUUGGAGAGAGGGAAUGUGUUAAGGAAAAGCUGAGUCUGAUACAUGGCUUCUUACAAGCAGACGUCCAGAAUCAGCUGAAAGACCUGGAGACUAAGUUACAUAAAGAGGAGCUUACUGAGGAACGGUACCUGGCCAAAGUGAAAGCCCUGCUCCACAAGGAACUUGCAUUAGAAAAUGGAGAUAACCUGGAGCUUGGCCAGAAAGCCAACGGCUGUGCAGAAAACGGUGCCUAUGGUAGUGAAGAGGAGCCAGAGAGCGCAGGCGGCAAGGGUGAAGAGGACAGCACCAUGGAGGUGGAAGAGGCAGCUUCGUCCUCCUGCUCAACGCCGUUGGCCUCGCCGUCAGCACAUAAAGCUCGCAGGGGCAGGAGGAGCAAGUCCAACAGUGAGAACAGAAAAACCCCAAACAGCUCAAGGAUCACCCGUAGUUCUGGCAGGCAGCCUACCAUCCUGACCAUGUUUUCCAAAGGGUCCAACAAACGCAAAUCUGGAGAGGUGAACGGGGAGCUGAAUCAAGAGGCUAAUGUCGAAAAUGAGGAGGAAGAGGAAGAGGAGCUGCCUGGAGAAAUGGAGCAAGAUGAGAAAAGAAUCAAAACGGAAACCAAAGAAGGGUCUGAGAUAAAAGAGGAAGCAACCCAGGUUAAAACUGUGCCACCUGUUAAAACAACCCCUCCCAAGUGUGCCGAAUGCCGACAGUACUUGGAUGACCCUGAGCUGAAGUUCUUCCAGGGAGAUCCUGAUGAUGCGCUGGAUGAACCAGAAAUGCUGACAGAUGAACGCUUGUCCAUUUUUGAUGCUAAUGAAGAUGGAUUUGAGAGUUACGAAGAUCUGCCGCAGCACAAAGUGACAUCCUUCAGUGUCUAUGAUCGGAAAGGUCACCUGUGCCCAUUCGAUACUGGCCUCAUAGAAAGGAACAUUGAACUGUACUUCAGUGGUGCUGUGAAGCCGAUCUAUGAUGAUAACCCUUGCCUGGAUGGUGGUGUCCGAGCCAGAAAGAUGGGCCCCAUCAACGCGUGGUGGAUUACGGGCUUUGACGGAGGGGAAAGGGCUUUGAUUGGCUUUACCACAGCUUUUGCAGAUUACAUCUUGAUGGAACCAAGUGAGGAGUAUGCCCCCAUCUUUGCCCUGAUGCAGGAGAAGAUCUACAUGAGCAAGAUUGUCGUUGAGUUCUUGCAAAACAACCCGGAUGUCAGUUAUGAGGACUUGCUGAAUAAAAUAGAGACCACUGUCCCUCCUGCUGGGUUGAAUUUCAACCGUUUCACAGAAGAUUCUCUCCUCCGGCAUGCCCAGUUUGUGGUGGAGCAAGUGGAAAGUUACGAUGAAGCUGGAGACAGUGAUGAGCCCCCAGUUCUCAUCACGCCUUGUAUGAGGGACCUGAUUAAGCUGGCAGGAGUCACACUGGGGAAAAGGCGUGCUGCAAGGAGGCAGGCCAUUAGGCAUCCCACCAAGAUUGACAAGGAUAAAGGCCCCACGAAGGCCACCACCACCAAGCUGGUCUACUUGAUCUUUGACACUUUCUUCUCAGAGCAAAUAGAGAAGACCGAAAAGGAGCAGGACAAAGAGAAUGCAAACAAGCGCAGGCGCUGCGGAGUCUGCGAGGUUUGCCAGCAGCCGGAAUGUGGCAAAUGCAAAGCCUGCCAGGAUAUGAUUAAGUUUGGUGGCAGUGGGAAGACCAAGCAAGCCUGCUUUCAUAGGAGAUGCCCCAACCUGGCUGUAAAAGAAGCUGACGAAGACGAAGAAGUUGAUGAUAACAUUCCUGAAAUACCCUCCCCGAAAAAGAUGUUGCAAGGAAGGAAGAAGAAGCAAAGCAAGAGCCGAAUUUCCUGGGUGGGGCAGCCUGUCAAGAGCGAUGGGAAGAAGGACUAUUACCAGAAGGUGUGCAUUGAUUCAGAGACCUUGCAAAUUGGCGACUGUGUUUCCGUCAGCCCCGAUGAUCCAACAAAGCCGCUCUAUCUGGCAAGGAUCACUGCCAUGUGGGAAGAUGUAAGCAGCAAUGAGCCCAUGUUCCAUGUUCACUGGUUCUACCGUGGUACCGACACUGUUCUGGGAGCAACAUCUGACCCCUUGGAACUCUUCUUGGUCGAUGAGUGUGAGGACAUGCAGCUGUCAUACAUCCACGGCAAAGUCCAUGUCAUCUAUAAGGCUCCCUCAGAGAACUGGUCCCUAGAAGGAGGACUGGAUGUGGAGAUAAAAAUGGUGGAAGAUGAUGGCAGGACCUAUUUCUACCAAAUGUGGUACGAUCAAGAAUAUGCCAGGUUUGAGACCCCACCCAAGACUCAGCCCACCGAAGACAACAAACACAAGUUCUGCAUGAGUUGCACUCGUUUGGAUGAGGUGAGGCAGAAGGAGAUCCCCAAAGUCAUUGAGCCCCAGGAGGAAUCGGAAGGGAAAAUGUUCUAUGGCAUGGCAAUGAAAAAUGGGGUGCAAUACCGAGUGGGAGACGGAGUUUUCCUCCUUCCAGAGGCCUUCCCGUUCAGCCUGAGGCUGGCCAGCCCUAUCAAGCGGCAGAAGAAAGAAGCAGUCAAUGAGGAGCUGUACCCUGAGCAUUACCGCAAGUCCUCGGACUACAUCAAAGGGAGCAACCAGGACGCUCCGGAGCCGUACCGGAUUGGCAGAAUCAAGGAAAUCUACUGUAACAUCCGCAGCAAUGGCAAGCCCAAUGAAGCAGAAAUCAAGCUGCGUGUCUACAAACUUUACCGGCCGGAGAACACCCACAAGUCCGUGAAGGCCAGCUACCAUGCCGAUAUCAACUUGCUCUACUGGAGUGACGAAGAGGCGACCGUAGAAUUCAAGGACGUGCAAGGCCGCUGCACUGUGGUGUACGGGGAGGACUUGACCGAAAACAUCCAGGACUACUCUGCCAGCGGUUCUGACCGUUUCUAUUUCCUAGAGGCAUAUAAUGCAAAAACAAAAAGCUUUGAAGACCCUCCAUAUCAUGCCCGUAGCUCUGGAAAUAAAGGAAAGGGGAAAGGAAAAGGAAAAGGUAAAAGCAAAGGGAAAUCUUCGGCCGCCUCUGAGCAUAGCGAGCAUGAAGCUGCUGACAUGAAGCCACCCAAACUGCGCACCCUCGACGUCUUCUCCGGCUGCGGAGGCUUGUCAGAAGGUUUCCACCAAGCCGAAGUCUCGGAGACACUGUGGGCCGUCGAGAUGUGGGAACCGGCGGCCCAGGCUUUCCGCCUGAACAACCCUGGCACCACGGUGUUCACGGAAGAUUGCAACGUCCUUCUCAAGCUGGUCAUGUCUGGGGAAAAGACCAACUCUCUGGGCCAGAAGCUGCCACAGAAGGGUGACGUGGAGAUGCUUUGCGGUGGGCCUCCGUGCCAAGGCUUCAGCGGGAUGAACCGCUUCAAUUCCCGCACCUACUCAAAGUUUAAGAACUCCCUGGUGGUCUCUUUCCUCAGCUACUGCGACUAUUACAGGCCGAGGUUUUUCCUGCUUGAGAACGUGAGGAACUUUGUCUCAUUCAAGCGCUCGAUGGUGUUGAAGCUCACUCUGCGAUGCCUUGUCCGGAUGGGAUACCAGUGCACUUUUGGGGUCCUGCAGGCUGGUCAGUACGGUGUGGCCCAGACACGCAGGAGAGCAAUUGUUUUGGCUGCCGCUCCUGGCGAGAAACUUCCCAUGUUCCCUGAACCCCUUCAUGUCUUUGCUCCCCGAGCCUGCCAGCUCAGCGUAGUGGUGGACGACAAGAAAUUUGUUAGCAAUAUCACAAGGACAUACUCAGGCCCAUUCCGAACCAUCACCGUCCGGGACACCAUGUCAGAUCUUCCUGAGAUCAGAAAUGGGGCAUCAGCACUUGAAAUCUCCUACAAUGGGGAACCCCAGUCCUGGUUCCAGAGGCAAAUCCGAGGCUCUCAGUAUCAGCCCAUCCUCAGAGAUCACAUCUGCAAGGAUAUGAGUGCACUGGUAGCUGCUCGGAUGAGGCACAUUCCACUUGCCCCUGGCUCUGACUGGCGUGAUCUGCCCAACAUUGAAGUACGCCUUUCAGAUGGGACAACCACCCGCCAGCUGCGCUAUACGCACCACGACAAGAAAAAUGGGCGGAGCAGUACAGGAGCCCUGCGGGGUGUCUGUUCCUGUGCUGAAGGCAAGCCAUGUGACCCUGCAGACCGGCAGUUCAACACCCUGAUUCCUUGGUGUUUGCCCCACACGGGGAAUCGGCACAACCACUGGGCUGGCCUGUAUGGGAGGUUAGAGUGGGACGGAUUCUUCAGUACAACAGUUACCAACCCUGAGCCCAUGGGGAAGCAGGGCCGUGUGCUUCACCCUGAGCAGCACCGGGUGGUAAGCGUGCGGGAGUGUGCCAGGUCCCAAGGCUUUCCUGAUACCUACAGGCUGUUUGGAAACGUUCUUGACAAACACAGACAGGUGGGCAAUGCUGUUCCUCCACCUCUGGCAAAAGCCAUCGGACUAGAGAUCAAAUCAUGUGUAUUGGCCAAAAUGAAAGAAGUUGCUACAGAUACCAUCAAACGGGAAAAAAUGGACACUUCAGAUUGAUUCGUCAAUAGCCCAUUGCCUGCUGCGCCUUGGUUCCAGCACCUGAACACCCAAACAUGCACUGAUUUAUUUUUAUUUCCAGUUCAUUUUCUUACCUUUGGACACACUGAACCUUGUUGGGAGGUUUUUGCUUGUUUCAGCAGGGGAUGGGGAAGAAUAUUUUUGUGUGUGUUACGUCUUUCUCUUCUUCUCUUUCUUCAAGCCCUGUAUUUGUGAGCCGUGUUUGUCUCUUUGGCUGACAUUCUGAACCUGUUUUGAUGUUCCAAACGACCAUUCUUCAAGUGAUCAACUGUGCAGUGCCUGCCACUUCAUCGCGUGUGCGUGUGUGUGUUUGGGGGGGGGAAGGGGUUGAAGAUGUUUUUACGAUGCAUUGUAUUGAAAUUUAAUCAACCACUUUAUACAAGUGGAAAUUAAUACUUUAUGUAGUUUUUAUAUGUUGUAAUAUUUCUUCAAAUAAAUCUCUCCUAUAAAUUA